AUGUCGCCCAAGUCGCCCAAGUCGCCCACGCCGCUCGCGUCGCUGAAGCCGCUGAACAAACCGCAGCUGUUCCUCAUCUGUGACGGCGAGGGCUUCGCGUGGAUCCCGCUGCUAACCGUGGAGUGGAAAAUAAAGUACCUGUUCUGCAGCGACGCCAAAAUGAAGAAGUGCUUCGUAGACACCUUCGGCCUGUACGAAACGGAGACGAACACGCACGACAACGUUUUGAAGUUCAUUGAAAAGCAAAAUGUGAGUAGCGUCCCCCUGCUCUUCAUAGCCAUGUCAACAUCAAAGCUGCAUGAGCUCAUCCUAGAGUACGUAAUAAGCCAGAAGAAAUUUUUCUUCAUCUUCAGUUCUAACUUGCCCACAAUGAAUUUGGAGAAGCUGGGCAAAUUAAAAGCGUCGCUGAGGAACUUUAACGUGGACAGUGACAUUGUCUACGACGUAAAGGCAGAGUUUAAGCAAACCAACAGGCAGUUUUAUUGGAACAUUUUCAACGCCUUAACCAAUCAGCGUGUUUUUUAUAACCUUAAAAAUGCAAUUAACGAGUUAGGGGGACAUGUAUAUGCCGUUCAAAUAGACUCUACCUUCAUCCCCUUUUUAACCGAAAAUGAGGGAAUCGAAAAUGUCCUCUUCUACAAAACAGUGCUGAUCAUAUCCCUAAUUGAAUUUCUGUUUUGCAAGCCGAAGAGUGUAUCUGCCAAGUGCUACUCUGUGAAGGGCGAGCACGCCACGGUCAAGUCCAUCGCGGGCAGUGCUCUCUUCGACUCGCUCCACUGCCACUUUAAUAUUUCGGACAAUUCGAGCAACAGGAUCUUCGCCGUCAAGGUCUUCGGGGACAACGGCUCCGUGGACGUCUCCUACAACGCGGAGCACAACUGCUUCCAACUGCUGCGCUGCCUGAACCACUACGAGUACCCGAGUCUCUUCGUGGAGAACGCCCACGAGAGCGCCCUCAACGAACUCAAAUACUUCGCGGAUGAAAAGCUCUACACCAACAAGUACCUCAACGCGUACAUAAACGCUGUGCACACAGCCCUCUGCUUGUGGAAGAGCAACGGGGAGAACGUCACCCUGGAGAGUAGGAAGCCCGAGGAGUGCGCUGCCCCAGAGGCAGACAUCAUGGUGGAAGCAGUGAAGAACUUCAGCAUAACCGCGUGA